CCCCUUCUCCUAGGUUCUCCCCCACCCACGUACUGCGCGUCAUCCUCACCGACGCGGUUUUUGGGACGACAAUGGCUAGGCUCAACCCAUUUGUGCUUUUCCUCGCUCUCGCAUCCCCGGUCAUCGCGGGCGUCCAAGAUGUUUGGUGGAACAUCACCUAUGUCGAAGAUGUCAACCCAGAUGGCCUGUAUCCCCGUCGAGUCAUUGGCGUCAACAACACCUGGCCCCCGACGCCCCUGAACGUACAGGAGACCGACUCCCUGGUUCUCCACGUCUUGAAUUCCCUCGACGUUCCUACUACUGUGCACCACCAUGGGCAGUAUUUCAACUCCACGUCGUGGUUUGAUGGUGCUCUUGGCGUCGGACAAUGCGGUAUUCCUCCGGGGCAGACAUUUGACUAUGUCGUGCCUAUCAACAGCUCGGGUCAAACCGGCACCUACUGGGCGCAUGCUCACGCAACUGGUCAAUAUGUCGAUGGUCUUCGUACUCCACUCGUUCUGCACCCUACGCAAGAGCACUACCAAUAUGACGAAGAGUACACCAUUGCCAUCAGCGACUGGUAUCACCAGGAACAUAGCGUCUUGCUUGCGCAGUUCGUCAAUAUCGCAAACCCAGGUGGCGCGGAGCCCAUUCCUGAUUCAGCGUUGAUGUACUUCGCACAGAACACGACCUACCUUCCGCCCAUCUCGGGGACCCACCCAACGGGUCCGACAGCAGGUGUCGGUUUCAACGAGAACGCAACUCUACCAUUCGAAGCUGGCAAGACGUAUCGUCUGCGUGUGAUCAACAUGAGCGCAUUCGUCGGGUUCUACUUCUGGAUCGACGGACACAAUAUGACACUCAUUGAGGCGGACGGCACGUCCAUCCAGGAGUAUCCGACAGAUCAGGUCAUGUUGUCGGUUGCUCAGAGAUACUCGAUGCUCGUUACGGCACGCAACGACACUUCAGGAAGCUGGGCCAUUCACUUCAACAUGGAUACGACCAUGCUGGACACGGUCCCAGACGAUCUGGUUUAUAAUCUCACCUCAUCCAUCUCAUACGGAAACGAGCCAAGCACGCCAACCGACCUCGGCUUCGUCGACAGCUACAACUACCUCAACGACACGCUCCUCACGCCAGUCAACACCGUCGCGCAGCUCCCGCCAUCUUCGGAGACGCUCAACCUCACGUUUGAGUUCGACACAAUGAACGACGGAACGAACCACGCGGUGAUCAACGGCAUCACGUACAACACGCCGCUUGUGCCCGCUGUGAUGUCCGCACUCAGCCUCGGUGACAAUGCAACCGUCCAGUCGGCGUAUGGCCCGUCAAGCUUUGUCGUGCACCACCUUGAUGUGUAUGACAUCCUGGUACAUAACAGUGAUACGGGAAACCAUCCAUUCCAUUUGCACGGCCAUACCUUCCAGGUCAUCAACAUCGCCACACAAUACAACGUUAGCGACCUGAGCCUCAACCCGCCCGUGCAGGAGGGCCAAGCUAACCCUAUGCGCCGCGACACGAUCAUGAUCCCCGCCGGAGGCUCCGUCACGCUCCGCGUGGUCGCCGACAAUCCAGGCGUGUGGUUCUUCCACUGUCACAUCGACUGGCACUUGUCCACCGGUCUCGCAAUACAGAUCAUCGAGGCGCCGCAGCAGAUGCAGGAGCGCGCUCAGGGCAUCGUACCCCAGUACAUGUACGACCAGUGCCAGACGCUCGGUACACCCUACCAGGGCAACGCCGCCGGCCACUUCUCGACGACGGACCUAUCCGGAUGGUUCCUUGGGCCGUACGAGCAGGAGCUCGGCUGGCUCAAGAAGGGCAUUCUCGCCAUGUUUGGAUGUGUCCUGACAGCCUGUCUGGGCAUGCUCACCGUGAUGUGGUACUCGCUCGGCACCCAGUUCACGGACGAAGAGGUGGAGGAGGCAGUCAAGGCCCGCAUCGAGGCUAAGGCGAAGCGCGGCAAGCUCUUCGGGCUCAUCAAGCCCAAGCAGGACUAGUCGGUGGCGGGUUUUGGGAACGUCUUGGUUUUUUUGAGUUGAUCAGCCUUCACUCCCUAUGAUAAUGAUGUGGCAUUCGCUCUGAACGCUUUCAAAAUGUAGAUUUAUGAGAGUCCAUUCGACUUCUUGAUUAAUGCAACGC